AUGGCACAGUUCGAAAUUAAAGAAGAUGUUGGUGACAUCGAGUCUUCUAUCCAAGGCUCCACAAAAGAAGAUACCGAGACUGGCGUCACGCCUGUACUUGCAAAGAGCUUCAACCUCUUGAGUGCGUGCGCGACUGGAAUAACUACUGGAAAUGCUUGGGCGGUUCUGGGAGGCGGAAUUAUUGCUUCUCUCUACAAUGGCGGACCACCUGGCAUCAUAUACGAGUUCGCAACCGCCUCCUUUUUCUACUGCUUCAUUGCCGCAUCAAUCGCCGAGCUUGCCUCUGCUAUUCCAGCAUCCGGAGGAGUCUACCACUGGGCUACUAUCACCGCUGGUCCUCGUUAUGGCAGAUUGUGCGGCUGGUUCGCAGGAUGGCUGAAUGGUCUUGCGUGGACAUUCGCCGUAGCAGGAAACUGUUCUAUGACUGGAAGCAUGAUUGUCUAUUCAUACGCACUCUACCAUCCAGAGGUAGAGCCACAGCGCUGGCAUGUUUUCGUUUGCUAUUUAAUCAUCUCCUGGCUAUGCUGUCUUACAGUGAUGUUCUGCCAACGGGCUCUCCCGCUCAUCAGCAGAAUCGGGUCUUUCUUUAUUGUUGCUGGCUUCGGUAUUACAGUCUUGGUCUGCGCUAUUAUGCCAAGCAGGAAUGGGGCCGGAUAUGCAUCAAAUGACUUUGUCUGGAAAGACUGGAGCAACGUCACUGGUUACUCGAACGGAUUCACAUUCCUUGCAGGCAUGUUGAACGGAGCAUUCGCGAUCGGUGCCAUCGACUGCGUCACACAUAUCGCAGAAGAAAUUCCCGACGCAAGACGGAAUAUCCCAAGAGCCCUUGCUUGUCAAGUGACCAUCGGCUUCGCGACUGGCUUUUGUUAUUUGAUCUCUAUGUUCUACGCUGUCACAGACCUGCCUCUUAUUGUGAACGCCAAUUCGAUCUCUCCAUUGGGUGAUAUCUAUCUGCAAGCAACCGGCUCUCGAGCCGGUGCUGUGGGGCUUCUCACGCUCACAAUCGCACCCAUCUUCUGUGCAACGAUUGGAUGCUAUAUUACCGCAGGAAGAACAUUCUAUGUCCUGGGUCGCGACGAUGCAACACCAUUUUCCAAGCACAUUGGGGCCAUCAGUCCAACAUGGCAUAGCCCACUUUAUGCAACUUUGGCAUGCGGCGUGUUUCUGACAUGUAUCGGGGCAAUUUAUGUGGGAUCUUAUACUGCCUUCGAGGCUUUUAUUGGCUCGUUUGUGCUGUUGACAACACUAUCUUACUUCCUCGCUAUAUUCCCACAUUUGAUAACCGGGCGCAAGAACAUCCGUCCUGGUCCAUUUUGGAUGGGGAAAGUUGGCUCUGUUGUCAAUGCUGUCGCAUGCAUGUACAUUGCUGUCUCGUUUGUGAUUUACUGCUUCCCUUACACUCUGCCCACGUCUCCGGAGGAAAUGAACUAUACUAGUGUGAUCACAUGUGGAUUGACAUUGCUAGUGGCACUGUGGUGGCCCUAUAUCAACGAUAUCAUGGUUGGCUCGGUUCAAGCUCCUAGGAAACAAACCAAGCGUGUUCGCCAGGCGAAGCAGAAGUCAGUGACGUUCACAGGGUGCUGGACCUGCAGGUCUCGGAAGGUCAAAUGUGAUGAGCGUCAACAAAAUGGAUGUGGAGUCUGCCAGAAAUCCGGCCUGGAAUGUGCCGGAUACGAUGUGAAUCUGUGCUGGAUGACAGAUAAGAAGCGGGAUUUUCAAGGCCUGCGGCGCAGACAGAUCAGACUAGAACAAUCCACCUCUCCUAGCAUCUCGGAGGACGAGAUCAACCGAAUUAUAUCCUCUCUUGACUCAAUUUCAACACCAUCAUGCACCGUAACUAUAGGGCCCUUUGCAAUAUUCUCUAAAUGGGAACACGGCGACACUGAACAUGUCGAACCCCCGGCUUUAUUGGAGAAUGUUCAUCACACCCAGGACUGGAGCCCUGAGAUCACUCCUAGUCAGUUGGACCCCGAGCUGUCCAACGAACUGUUUGAAACAAUCCCGGAUGAUAAUGUAAUUCCGAAUGCGGAAAUACAUGAAAUGGAUUUCUCCCCAAACUGGGAGUCCUUGUUAGCCAUGAUCGAUACACCAAAUUCGCCAAGGUUAUCAUACUCGAGAAAGAUGUCGCUCACAAUGCAUCCCUCACCACACAUCGAGCUUUCGAUGCCCUUAUUCAAAGAUUCCAACACAUCAAUGCUUAUGUAUCACUACAAAAACCAUGUCGCCGAGCUCCUACAGCCAGUCUUCCACCCGAGGAACCCUUGGCGAACAACAUAUCUCCCAUUCGCUCUCGAGGGAUGCCCUGAUUUAUGUCUUGUCCAAAAUACAGGGCCCACCUCGGGCGUCUCAAUUUCACUAUUCCACAGUAUAUUAUCGUCGGCUGCAUUCCAUCUCCGGAACGUCAUGGGUGGCUCAAGAGAAUACCACAAUCUCGGUCUCCAGCACCGUGCCAAAGCUUUACGGGCACUCAAGUUUGCACUCGUAGCGCCCAAAGACUCCCAGCAAUAUACCGUUUAUCUGACGGCGAUGCUAUCUUUAGUCACGAUCGAUACCAUGACGGGCGAAGAUUCAGAUUUCCCAAUCCAUCUAAAGGGGUGCCGUCAGCUGCAAAGACCAGACUAUGGCUCCGAAAUACUUGAUGACUCCAGUCGCCAGGUGAGCAGUAUUUGCCAUUUUCUAAGUCUCCUAGCUCGAACGACAGCACACGAGCUAGAACCUAGACCCUGGAAAACAGAGGGUCCGUUUUUCGAGGAACCUUACUUUCACGACGACGACACCAACAUCCAAUACAUGUAUGGCAUCACUCCAUAUCUGGGAAAUCUGUUACAAAGGACCUGUCAGCUGGCCGAGUAUCUGGCUUUCUACCAGGAUGCUGAAAUGCCAAUAAUUCUGCUCGACGGAUGUUCGGCAUUGUACGAUGAGAUCUUUUCAUGGGAUAUAGAAUCCGAGUCUUUCGACCUCAUUGCAUUGGAGGACCCCACGAUGCUUGAGAUAAUACAUUGCCAAGCUCUAGCAUUCCAUAGCGCGAUCGCGAUUUUCUAUUAUCGAGCAAUCGAGAACUCUAACCCGGUGGACCUCCAACAGCGAAUAGCAGCAAUCUGGACGAACCUUUCGCUAGCCGAAGAUCUCAAAGAUGCAUACUCAUUUGGCGAAAAACGCGCAGCUCCCAUGUCCUGGCCUGCAUUUAUCGCUGCAUGUGAGGCGAACGAUCGACAGCCUUGGGUUGAAUGGUGGGAGCGAGUACAGGGGUACUCAAUGGGUAAUUUCAAGAGGCAAUGGAAAGUGAUACAAGAAAUUUGGAGCAUCAUGAAUUUAGAUGAGAAUGUGGUUAACUGGAGGGAUGCCCUCAAACAAUCAGGCAAGUUGGUCUUGCCUAUUUGA